AUGGCCUCCCCCCAUUUCGCCUUGGCUCACUCCGAGUGGGCUGAGCUGCAAAGGCUCCUCAAGUCCGACAAGCCUGUUGUCGUCGACGGGCACAGCUUGACCAUCGCUGCUGUUAUAGCAGUGGCCUUGCAUGGAAAGAGUGCGAUUUUGACAGAUGAUGCUGCUACUCUGGAUGGCGUUCAGGAAAGCGUCGAUUUUCUCGAAACAGAGUUGCAAAGAAAUCGCAUCAUCUACGGAGUCACUACUGGCUUUGGUGGAAGUGCUGACACUCGUACUGAUAAGGUGCGAGGCCUUCAGGUCGCCCUGCAGCAACACCAGAAUAUCGGUGUCCUCCUCCCAUCCGACAAGGGGCUGGUCAAUGAUUCAGGCCCACAACUCGAAGGCCUUCGAGACCAUGCUCUUCCAGUGUCUGUCGUGAAGGCCAUGAUGCUCAUUCGCUGCAAUUCGCUCGUCAGAGGGCACUCUGCGGUGCGUCUAGCUCUCAUUGAAAACAUUCUUGUCCUAUUGAAGCACAACAUGACCCCGGUUGUGCCUCUUCGUGGCAGCAUUUCAGCUUCCGGUGAUCUUAUGCCUCUCUCAUAUAUCGUCGGCAUGCUGGAGGGAAGUCCCGAUAUUUAUAUUCGCCUUGGUAACGAGAAUCCCGCGACCUUCCUCCCUGCAUACAAAGCUCUUCAACAAGUAGGCAUCCAACCAAUUCGUUUACAAGCUAAAGAGGGGCUUGGUAUGGUCAAUGGCACCGCUACUAGUUGUGCAGCUGGCUGUAUUGCUGUUUAUGAGGCCCAGCAAAUUGCUAUUAUGACACAGCUUCUCACUGCCAUGGGCACGGAGGCGUUACGGGGCACCGCUCAUAAUUAUCAUCCCUUCAUUUCAGACAUUCGACCACAUCUGGGACAGGUAGAGGCCGCGACGAACAUAACCGCUUUCCUCUCAGGGUCCGAUCUUGCGCUAGGUAGACAUCCUGAGACAAUUGGUCUCGCCCAGGAUCGCUAUGCUCUUCGCACUGCGCCUCAAUGGAUUGGUCCUCAACUAGAAGAUCUUAUCUUGGCACAUCGUCAAGUCCAAGUCGAGGUCAACUCUACAACCGAUAACCCGCUGAUUGACGUCAAGACCGGUUCUAUACAUCACGGCGGGAAUUUCCAGGCCGUGUCUAUUACAUCUGCUAUGGAAAAGACCAAGUCGGCUAUGCAGAUGCUAGGUAAGCUGUUAUUUGCGCAGUGCUCGGAACUCGUCAACAGUCAUCUCAACAAAGGGCUGCCUCCAAACCUUUGUGCCGAUGACCCCAGUCUUUCUUACACCUGCAAAGGCCUCGACAUUAAUAUGGCUGCAUACAUGUCAGAGUUGGGUUUCCUCGCUCAGUCAGUCAGCUCCCACGUGCAGUCAGCAGAAAUGCAUAACCAAUCUGUCAACUCACUCGCGUUGAUCACUGCACGGUACACUAUGGAUGCGGUCGAGCUCGUAUCAAUGAUGGUAGCAACAUAUAUCUAUAUUCUAUGCCAAGCUCUUGACUUGAGGUGUCUCCACGCUGAAUUUAUCAAGGCUGUAGAGCCUGUAGUGUAUGAGCUUUUGCGUGAGCACUUCAGCUCGGGCAUAGCAGCGAAGGAUUUCAACGUUUUCGCAAAACGCACUUUCAACAAUCUGUUGGAAAAGUGGCAGAGUUUAUCGCACCUCGACUUAGAACAGCGUAGUGAGGCAGCAGUGAAGGAAUCUUUGGCAGACCUGACAUCUGCUUGCCUCGAAAACCGCUCAGGACUACGCACGUUACCAGACAUCCUUGAUCGCAUUGAAACUUAUCAGGGAGUGGCGGGUAAGGCUUUAGCAAUUACAUACAAUUCUACUCGCGAGGGGUUUUUCAAACACCAAACAACACCCUCCUACCUAAGCUCAGCAUCUCAACAGCUCUACAACUUCGUACGACAAGAUCUCAAAAUCCCCUUUCACCGCGGCCUAGUCGAUCACCCCACCUUGCCUGACACCAGUCUAUCAAACGGUGACAAGUACGUUGGGCCUGGCAGACAUCUUGGUUCUCUCGUCAGUGAGAUCUACGUGACAGUUAGGAGUGGCAGACUGCAUGACGUUGUAAUGUCUUCGCAGAGCUCCAAAGCUUGA